AUGACGGCCAAGCAGCAGGACCACAAGGAGAAGAGCCACCCCGAUGUCCAGCUCCUGUGCGACAUCUGGAGAUUGCUUGCCAAUUGCGGCAGCAAAGCGCACGAGAAGAACAUGGGCGACAAGCUGGAGGCCAACGCUCUCAUGGGACCUUUUCCCGACAAGCUCGCGAAGCAGCAGAUCCAGGACCAACAGGACGUCUCGGACAAGCUCGCGAGGCAGCAGAAGAAUAUCAAGGAAGUGCAGGAGUCCAGGCAGGAGGUCCUGGAUGUCCACUUCCACGGGCCUGACGCGAAGCUGCAACAUAUAGAAAACGGUAUGAUUUCCACGCAGGGCGUAGAGGCAGCGCUGGAGAAGCCCACGGAGAAGCUCGAGGUCAUGCGCGCGGAGACGGUUAGGCUGGCUUCGCAUGUGGUGGAGCAGCAGGUGCUCACGCAUAAUCAGAGCGAGCUCGUGUCCGCCAUCGUAGACGCCAACGGCCUCAAGGUCCAGCGUAGCGAAAGCGACCAGUGGAUAUCCGAGGUCGCCAGCAACGAAGAUGAGGAGUCCAGCGAGUGCGAUAGCACGUUCCAGGCCCAGCUGGAACAG